AUGACAACCCAGCUCCACUUGGUUCACUGGAACUCUGACAAGUACAGUCUGUUCGAGGAGGCGGUGAUGGAAGAUAAUGGACUGGGUAUCGGAGUCUUUCUCAAGGUCGGAAAGAGACACGAGGGGCUGCAGAAACUGGUCGACGCCUUACCUGCAAUCAGACACAAGGGCAGCGUGGUGGAGUUUACCAAGUUCGACCCCGCCUGCCUUUUACCCUCGACCACUGACGACUACUGGACGUACCACGGCUCUCUGACGACCCCCCCGCUGACCGAGUCCGUCACCUGGAUCGUAAUGAAGCAGCACAUAGAAGUCAGCCAUGAUCAGUUGGCGGUUUUCCGCAGCCUCCUGUUCACGGCGGCGGAGGAGGAGGUCCAGAAGAGCAUGGUCAACAACUUCCGCGUCCAGCAGCCUCUGCGAGGUCGAACCAUCCGCUCCUCCUUCACCCCGUUCCUCCAGGACGCGUCAGCUGAAGGCGACCAACACACCCACUGACACCCCCCACCCCCCCAGUCCAACACACACCUGUACCUUUCCACACAGUGGGCUCACCUAAAGUGCUCUGUGCUUUUGAUUUUCUGAACACAAACCUGAGCAGUUACACUUUUUUUUUUACAGAUUUAACUUCAGUUUUACAUAUUUUAAUGGUUAAUUUUUCAUUUUCGGUUUGACUUUUCGACCAAAAGGCAAAUGUCAGAUAACCUAUAAGGGAUCUUUACUAUGCGAUGAAAUAUGCAGUUUUACAGAUGUUACUAUUAUGAAUUCUAUUUAUUUUAGUAGUACUUUUACCACUCAUG